UGUCAGGGGAAACAAUGGUAGCUGCCCAUUGAUAGGAGGGUUGCUCUGAAGGGAGAGACCAUGCUGAAGCACCUUUUCAAGAUACCUUUCAUUCCGAGCCUCAAAAAAGAUCAUCUAACAUGAUCCUGGGUUUAAAAAGCAAAGAUGAAGUUGAGGUGAUUGUUUGCUUGGUUCUCCUGCCCUGGAGCUAGCUGCGGAGACGGCCACUGGAAAGGCACAGUGCAGGGAAAUAUUCCCGUGCUGCAAUAUGGUAUUUCACACCUGCAUAACCAUCUAGGAGGUAUCUCAGCUGGCUGAAGAAUGCACAGCUCCUAAUAUGAUUUGACCUGGGAUGGAGGGAUGCUCCUGGGAAACUGCUGGAGGACUUCAGCACAGGGCAUCUGGCGUCUCUGUCCCCACCGAUCCGUGUCAAAGUCCAAAAUGAACCACACUGGGACAUACAACAUGAGCUUUGGUGCACCUACAGGUCCUGUUGAGCCAAGGGCUGGACUCUCGCGAAAUGGGCACACAGUAGUGGCUGUUUUCCUUGGAUUUAUCUUGUUUUUUGGUUUCCUGAAUAACUUGAUUGUCCUCAUCCUCUUCUGCAAGUUUAAAACCCUCCGUAACCCAGUCAAUAUGCUCCUCCUGAACAUCAGCAUCAGUGACAUGUUAGUGUGCAUCUCAGGCACUACCCUCAGUUUUGCAUCUAACAUCCAUGGCAAAUGGAUUGGAGGGGAGCAUGGUUGUAGGUGGUAUGGCUUUGUCAAUUCCUGCUUUGGCAUUGUGUCCCUGAUCUCCCUGGCUGUCCUGUCCUAUGAACGCUACAGCACUCUCACCGUGUGCAGCAAGCGCAGCGCUGACUGCAGGAAGGCACUGCUGGCAGUCGGCGGUUCAUGGAUUUAUUCCCUGGUUUGGACUGUGCCUCCUCUGAUCGGUUGGAGCAGUUACGGCGUAGAAGGUGCGGGUACAAGCUGUUCAGUACGCUGGUCCUCGGAGUCAGCCGAGUCCACGUCCUAUAUCAUCUGUCUCUUCAUAUUCUGCUUGGUCAUCCCUGUGAUGGUCAUGAUGUACUGCUACGGCCGCCUGCUUUACGCAGUUAAACAGGCUGGAAAAAUCCACAAGAACACUGCCCGCAAAAGAGAGUACCACGUACUGUUCAUGGUGAUCACUACAGUUAUCUGUUAUCUCAUGUGUUGGAUUCCCUAUGGAGUUAUAGCAUUACUUGCAACAUUUGGCAAACCAGGUGUGGUGACUCCAGUUGCAAGCAUCAUACCUUCAAUCCUAGCAAAAAGCAGCACUGUUUGCAAUCCCAUUAUCUACAUACUUAUGAAUAAGCAGUUUUACAAAUGCUUUCGUCAGCUUUUCCACUGCCAACCUCCUUCCUCGACUGAUGGAGAGCCCACCUGCCACUCCAAGGUGAGCGUUAUCCGGCUGAAUCAGAGGAUGGACGGUGGAAACGUGUGCGAUAACAAACCAUGUCCAGAAACAACCAGUAAAAUGACUUCUCUCCUGCACCCAGAGCCAGUUUCAAAGGCUGCGCCACCAGUGUCUUAGGAAAAUUGGCUCUGAUGGAAAGCACAAGCCUUAACCAGCGUGUUUCGUUAAUAAAGCAAGCUGACAUCUGUGGGAUAGGAAAACUGUCAAGAACAAAAAUUGGGACUCUGUUAUAAUUUCCAUAAUAACAGUAAAGAUGGCCACAUCAUUCCAGGUAUGGUUCAAUAAUGACAAAAUUUUAAGCAAUAUCAUUGACUUUCCUGUAAAUGAAUUAAUGGAGCACUUAGAAGUGGCAGAAUUUUAGUUCUUAGUGAUCUGUGGAUCAGUGUUCUCCAGAAUCAAUCUCUAAGGCACGCUGGGCUAUCUAGUUGAGCUCUUUGCCUUUCCUGCCUUGUCCCAUCCAGUCCAUGUCUUGGGAUUUCACAUUAAGUUGCUCAAAAAUAAUCUUAAUUUCUGACAGUCCACUCAAGUUUUUGCUCAUGCUGGACAACAAUGUUUGGAGCGAGGGAAGACAGUGACUCAACAGGCUAGCUUCUGAGUGGCAACAGCUAAUUUACAGCACAUCUUCGUGUUGAAGUCCAGGGUCAACAAACUGAAAGAUGAGCUAAGACAAUGAGUAGAGACUACUGCAUACAGAGGUGUCCCUGGGCUACCGAGGCUUGUCUGUCCUGGUGGAAAUGGAAGCACUCCUGAGAUUUCCAGACCUAGUGCAUAUUUCAAAUGCCCAAAACCUACUCUGGUGAAAAAUGGUGGUCAGGGCCAGACUUUUUCUCCUUUAGCACCUCUAACACCACAGACCCUGAGCCAGAGAGCCCAACAGUGCAGGACAGCCAGCACUCCCGUCCCAACCACCGUGGGUGAGAUCCCAGGGCGUGCAGUAUUACACAAUCUAUGUGAACCCAAGGAGGUAAGUCCCUCCACUUAGCUGUCACAGCCCCCAAAUUCUCCCUUGGAACAAUCUGCUCCUGCUGUUUCAUUUAAAAACUGGAGGUGGGAUAGCACUAUAUUAAAGAUGGAAGGGAAGAAAGUUUAAAAAAAAAAGAAGCUGUUCUAUUUGUAUGACUAGAGCCCUCACUGAAAUAGGGAAUAAACGAGUUCAGUUCUGUCCCAUGUCUUAGAGGAUGUGAACCCCCCCUCCACAGGGGACAGUCCUAGGGUUGUAGAGCCAUUACUGCAUUACAGAAAUCUAAGUUCACAAAAACCACGAAUCAUCGGUCUUUAAAAUCUUUAGAAGAACAGCAGCAGUUUAAACCCUGAGGACAUUUAUACCAGUCCGUGUCAACAGAGGGGUGGGAGGCUAUGGGUAUCACA